GACAUCACAAAGGCUACCUCUUGCUCCCUGACAAUGGCUGAGCUCCCUAGGGUGGGGGAACAGGCAAGGGGAUCAUUGAACCCUGCAGGGAGCAAGGCCGCUGGGGUCUGAAUGCCUCCUAAGCAGAACGGGUUAGAUCUCAGGUUAGACCUAAGAGCUCAUGUGGUCACCAGCAUUUGGAUGUAAAGAGGCAAAGGAUGGAUUGUUGCUUUUGAACGUAAAGAGGCAGGAGUUUUGCUAUUCACUUAGAAGUGUUUGAUCUGUCAAGUAACAUUAAACAAACUAGCCACAGCCUUCCUGAUCUAGAGACCAUCUAAGCUUUGAUUUUGCACCCAGCAGGAACUGACUGACUGUCUCCUUGAUGGAGAACGACAGUGAACUCCAGCAGAGUUGCUGGGCUUAUUUGCCCAACAUCUGCCUGAGCCAUGUGUUCUGGUGGCUAGACGACAGGGACAGAUCUCGGGCUGCUUUAGUCUGUAAGAGAUGGAAUCAAGCCAUGCACUCAGGAUCUCUCUGGAGAACAAGAACAAUCACCUUCAGUGGGCGGCCAUCCAGGUCAAACACAUCCGAGUUUGAAUCUGCUCUGUGGUACGUCAAGAGAUUUGGCAAGUACUUGGAACACCUAGAGAUCAAGUUCCUGAAUCCUUACAAUGCUGUCUUGACCCGAAAAUUUCAAGUGACUAUGAGGGGGCUUCUCUCGCGCUUGGGCAAAUGUAACAGCCGUCUGGUAUCCCUAACUAUUCAGCACCUGGAGUUGGACCGAUUGGUCUGGAGAAACAUAAUUAAGAAUCAGUUUAUCAAGAACUUAAUUAUUUUCCUGAAAAGAAUGGGCACACAUCUUGUUCAUCUCAGCUUGAAAGGAGCAAGAGUGACGCUGGAAGAAGGCUGUGAGCUUUUGAGCUCUUUGAGCUACUUGAAAAACAAAAGUUUUGCCUCUGAAAUCAACAUAGAAGACUUCUUCAGCCACCAUCUUUCCAUCUACAGCAGCCCCUUGUUCCACCAGACUAUGUCCACGUUCCGCAACCUGGUCAUCCUGACUCUCAAUUACAACUGCAUCUCGGAUGAAUUGCUGGACAUCCUGUGCGAGCACAACGCCCAUUCUCUCUGGACUAUAAACAUCAAGUGCCACAUCCAUGACCCUCACGGGCAGGUGGUUUGGGGGAUGUCCUGGGCCAACCUAGCCAAGAGAGCACCCAAACUGAAAGUGAACUUCUUCUUUGAAAGGGUCAUGAAGCACGACAGUCUAGCCAGGAUACUCUUAGCAGAGAUCCCACUCAGGAGCAUCAGUCUACGGAGCUGCUAUUUCAGUGACCCGGACUGGUCGAUGAGGCCGACCCUCACCAAUCUCUUACCAGCAUACAAGCACAGUCUGCAGAAAUUAACACUCGAAUUCAACAACAGCCAUGAAUCACUGGAUGAGGAGCUGCUGCAGCUUGUGUUAUCAUGCAAGAAGCUGUUCUUCCUAAAAAUCUGGGCCUUCCUCCGUGUUGCAUUUGUGGAGAGGCUGUUACAAAAUCAAGCAGAAGGGAAAUGCACCUUGCGGACCAUGAAGGUGAGGAUUUACACAAAUCGGUAUGAAACCAUUGAAGAAGAUCGAAUGUUGCGAGAUAUUUUCAGGAGAUAUCGAGACCUGAUUGACUCAGAGCUUAAUUAUUUUGUCAUCGCCUACCCGAUGAUGUGAGAAGCGUGUGAUCUGUGAAGUGAAAGAAUUAAAAAAAAUAAUCUGUCA